AUGGUUGCGCGAAACCAGGGGCGUGCGGGCGCCGCAGGCUCCGCGGGUAACGCGGGGAACAAUCAGCAGAUUCCGCAGAGCAUCUUACGCUCCAUGAUGACGUCAGCGGCGGGGCUCGUUCCCCCGCCGACCCAUUCCCCUUCUCCUGCUAGCAUCACGCCCUCCUUAGAUCUGGCCAGCGCUACUAGCAUCUUCGCGCUCCUUAAUCCGGAUCUAGCGGCGCCGCGGCUCGGGGGAAUGGCGCAAGCUGGUCGCGGCGGUACUGGCGGUGGCAUUGGCGGCGGUGUUAGCGGCGGAACGAACGGCGGUUUCCGCAGCAGUGGCGUAAGCGGGGCGGGGCAAAUUCUGGGCUCCGCAGGUGGUUCGCUUCCGGUGCCGGCGGCGGCACGCGCAGCGCCGCAUUCCGCGCCGUCAGUUCCGCCGCCGCGCCCGCCGGCGGCGGUAUGGCCGGCGGCUCAGCAGAUCGGGGCGCAUCUGACGGCUAGCUGGGGAAACAUAGGGCCUGAGACGGCCAAUGCACUCGUUACAAGCAAUCGCGGUUCCGUUAUAAGCAUACCUGGUGGUAGUAACGGGGACAGGUCUAUGGGUAGUGGCGAUACUCAAUGUGGCACAUGGACCCUAGGUCAGCCAGUAUCUUUUAGCUCAGCAGCAGCAGCAGCAGCAGCAGCAGCAGCAGCAGCAGCAGCAGCAGCAGCAGCAGCAGCAGCAGCAGCAGCAGCAGCAGCAGCAGCAGCAGCAGCAGCAGCAGCAGCAGCAGCAGCAGCAGCAGCAGCAGCAGCAGCAACAGCAGCAACAGCAGCAACAGCAGCAGCAGCAGCAGCAGCAGCAGCAGCAGCAGCAGCAGCAGCAGCAGCAGCAGCAGCAGCAGCAGCAGCAGCAGCAGCAGCAGCAGCAGCAGCAGCAGCAGCAGCAGCAGCAACAGCAGCAACAGCAGCAACAGCAGCAGCAGCAGCAGCAGCAGCAGCAGCAGCAGCAGCAGCAGCAGCAGCAGCAGCAGCAGCAGCAGCAGCAGCAGCAGCAGCAGCAGCAGCAGCAGCAGCAGCAGCAGCAGCAGCAGCAGCAUCAGCGGCAGCAUCAGCAACAGCAGCAGCAACAGCGGCAGCAACAGCAGCAGCAACAGCAGCAGGGGCAAUUAGGCACCCCAUGUCCGGCAACAACAUGUCUCUCUCGUUACAGUCACAGCCCAGCCCCAUGUCGGUGGCAGCAACGUUUGACGCGCCUCAGCGCUCGCUACAGUCACAACCUAGCCCCAUGUCCGUGGCAGCGUUACAGUCACAACCUAGCCCCAUGUCCGUGUCUGCAGCAGACUAUCUUGAUCUCGCUGCGUGCACCUCCCUUCCCCAAGUCAGCAGCCCAUCCCUCUCGUCCCAGCCACCACUGCAACUCACAGGAGGAGGAGCAGGAGCGGGUGUAGGAGGAGCAUUAGGAACAGGAGGGGGUGGAAGAGGAGCGGGAGGAGCAGGAGCGGGUGUAGGAGGAGCAUUAGGAACAGGAGGGGGUGGAAGAGGAGCAGGGGGAGCAGGAGUAGGUUAUGCAGCAGGAGCAGGAGGAGCAGGAGGAACAGGAGUAGGUUAUGUAGCAGGAGCAGAAGGUCGGUCUGUGAGCAGGCUUGGCAUGGGCAUGGGGGCAGGGGCGUCUAUGGCCGCUGUUAGAUCCUCAUCUGCGGAAGGCAUGCGUCCACUGAGUAUGUAUGCUGGGGUAGGAGCAGCCGCUGGAGCGAUGCCAGCAGCAGCGUUGCCAGCAGCUGCAGCGGCAACAGAAGCGGCAGCGGAAGGCAUGCGUCCACUGAGUCUGUAUACUGGGGGAGGAGCAACCGGGGGAGCGAUGCCAACAGCAGCGAUGCCAGCAGCCUUAUUGCCAGCAGCUGCUAUGCAAGUGCCAACAACAGCAGUGGCAACAGAAGCGGCAGCGGAAGGCAUGCGUUCCUUGGAAUCUACAGAAUGCUUCUGCGUUUGA